AUGCAAGGCCUUCGCGACAAGUUGAAGGAUACCAAGCUGUAUGAUGCCAAGGUAGAGGCAAUUCAUCUCAAGAAUAAGAUCGGGAAGAUCGGAAACCUUUUCAACGCGAAUCAUCGACAUGAUGAAGCCCAUGAGCAGGCCACUGACAAAAAGCGCACCGCCAUCUGCGAGCAGAACCGCUUCCACUCAUUCUUUCCGGAGCGACCAAACAACAAGGUGAAAUGGUACGUUGACGGUCGCGACUACUUCUGGGCCGUCUCUGUUGCUCUAGAAAGCGCCAAAGAAAGCAUCUACAUAGCCGACUGGUGGCUGUCUCCCGAGCUCUUCCUUCGCCGACCACCGUACUUCAAUCAAGAAUGGCGCCUCGACAUGAUCCUCAAGCGUGCCGCCGAGCGUGGCGUUCAGAUCUAUGUCACUGUUUACAAAGAAGUCCAACAAGCCCUCACUUGCAACUCGGCCCACACCAAGCAUGCCCUUCGAGCGCUGUGUCCCGAAGGCACCCCCGGUCAUGGCAAUAUCCAUAUCCAACGCCAUCCCGACCACAAUCUCUUCGAGAACCUUGGCGAUAUGACCUUUUACUGGGCUCAUCAUGAGAAGUUCAUCGUCAUUGAUUACGAAUUGGCUUUCAUCGGUGGCCUCGACAUGUGCUACGGUAGAUGGGAUGUGCGCCAUCACGUCCUGGCUGACGUCCAUCCUUCCGGUGUCCAGAACGAAAUCUUCCCCGGUCAAGACUUCAACAACAAUCGCAUUAUGGAUUUCCACACGGUCACGGAUUGGAUGAACAACGAGUUGAACAAGACCGAUUACGGUCGCAUGCCCUGGCAUGACGUCGCAAUGGCCGUAGUGGGAGAAUGUGUUGUCGACAUAGCAGAGCACUUCGUCCUGCGCUGGAACCACGUCAAGCGCGAUAAGUACAAGCGAGACGAGAAGACACCAUGGCUCUGCUUGGAAACACGCGCCAAUAAGGAGGGCACUAAGGAAGACGAGGAGCUCAUUGGUGUACAGCGGCCUAAGCACCCCAUGGGCGAGUACAUCCAGCACCCGCUGAGCCCACUACAGUCCAAGAUCCUGGCAAACCAAGGCACUGUGCACGCACAAAUUGUUCGCAGCAGUGACGACUGGUCUAGCGGCAUCCUCAACGACCACUCAAUUCAGAAUGCUUACAAAGAAGUCAUUGCAAAUGCGCAGCAUUUCGUAUAUAUUGAGAACCAAUUCUUCAUAACCGCCACGGGAGAGAAUCAGGCACCCAUCCUCAACACCAUUGGCCGGUCCAUCGUCGAAGCCUGUGUGCGUGCCGGCAGGGAGAAUCGCAAGUUCCGUGUCAUCAUUAUCAUUCCCGCCAUCCCAGGAUUCGCGGGCGAUCUUCGCGACGAUGCCGCCAUUGGCACUCGCGCGAUUAUGGACUACCAAUACAAAUCCAUCUCCCGAGGCGAGCACAGUAUCAUGGGCCAGAUCAAAGCCGCUGGCUUCGACCCCACACAGUACAUCUUUGUCUUCAACCUUCGCGCUUUUGACCGCAUCAACAAGACGCCAGGCCUGAUCCAGCAAGAGAAGGACUCCGGCGUUACGUAUCAAGAACUUCAACGUGCUGAAGCCGAGGAAAUUAUGGGUAGCGGCAUCCACGGCUUUGAGGGCGAGGACGAAGAAGACGGCCGAGACAAGAAGAACCACAAUCGUGACACUCGUAUCAACGAUGAGGAGCGUCAGAAGAUCAUCGAUCGCAAGCGCCGCUUCGAGGCUGCACGCAAGAACGUCGAUGCCGAGGACCCCAUUCACAGCGCCGACUCAGUUGCCGAGGAUCUGAUGGCUCGUGGUGGCUUGGUGUCGGAAGAGCCGUGGGAAGGCGAACCCGAGGACGAGAAGCAGCAUUUUGUGCAGGAGGAACUGUACAUUCACGCCAAGCUGCUGAUCGUAGACGACCGCACCGUCAUCUGCGGCUCGAGCAACCUCAACGACCGCUCGCAGCUGGGCUCGCACGACUCGGAGCUCUCGAUCGUCAUGCAGGAUACCCGCGUGCUCGAGUCGACCAUGGACGGCCAGCCAUUCCAAGCAGGCUACCACGCGGCAACGCUACGGCGCCAUCUCUGGCGCGAGCACCUCGGCAUGAUCGAAGCACAAACCCUGGAUGCCAAAGAUGACCCCAAUGCCCAGCCGCCCACCGUGGCCAUGAACGACGAGUACAGCGGCGAAGAAUGGGAGUUCGUGGCGGACCCGCUCGGCGACGCCGUGUGGAACAAGUGGUGCGAGCAGGCCACCACCAACACCAACCAGUACCGCUACAUGUUCCGCGCGGACCCGGACGAGAACAUCCGCACGUGGAACGACUACGACACGUUUGCGCCGCGCAAGUCGGUCAAGCAGGGCCAUCUGCAUGACCCGUACAUGCCGGCCGCCAAGGUGCGCGAGGAGCUGGACAAGAUCCGCGGCCAUCUCGUGUGGAUGCCCAUGGGCUUCCUGGAGGAGGAGAAGAUGGCCGAGUGGGGAAUGCAGGUCAAUUCGGUUACUGAGAGUGUGUAUACUUGA